CGGAAGUAUGUCGACGGAAGUUGUGAGUUGCUGUGCUGCUGUGGUGACAUGAGUGCACUGUGCCACCAUAGAAAUAUAAAAUAAUAAGCUGGAAACCUAAUAUGAAAGGUUAUUGCUUCUGUUGAAAUUAAUCGAAGCUGUUAACAUGGUCCAGUUACACGUGAAACGAGGAGAAGAGAGUCAGUUUCUUUUCAACACCACUGUCGACAUCGCACUGGAAACUCUGAUUGAAGAAGUCACAGCAAUCUACAAUGGGAGAUUGAAAGUGGAGAGGAUUUGUUCAGAGGUACCAGAGCUUGCAGAACAUGGCAUCACACUACCCCCAAAUAUGCAAGGGCUCACUGAUGACCAAAUAGUAGAUCUGAAACUUCGUGAUGAAUGGGAAGAUAAGUGCAUACCUAGUGGGGGUGCUGAAUUUAAAAAGGAUGAAAUUGGGCGAAGAAAUGGACAUGCUCCAAAUGAAAAAAUGAAAGAUGUUUUGAAGAAGACGGUGGAAGAGGCCAAAUCUUUAAUCUCGAAGAAACAGGCCCAGGCAAAUGUGUGUGUUACUAAGGAGAUGGUGAAGGAGGCUUUGGAUCUCCUACGGGGUGCUGUUAUGAUUGUUUACCCUAUGGGCCUUCCUCCACAUGACCCAAUCAGAAUGGAGCUGGAGGAUAAGGAAGAUCUAGCUGGCACGCAGGCAUGUCUCCAGGUGAUUCCCGCUGAAGAGGGCCAACUCUGGUGGGCCCAGAAAGAAAUGCAGCGCGGCAAGAAGCUCCAGGACUACAUUGGCAAAAAUGAGAAGACUAAGAUUGUGGUCAAACUACAAAAGAGGGGCCAGGGGGCGCCAGCGAGAGAGCCACUGGUCAAUGAGGAGCAGCAGAAACAGAUGAUGUUGCACUACUACAGAAGACAAGAGGAGCUUAAGAAACUGGAUGAAGCUGAUGACGACACCCAUCUGCACUCGGAGUGGUCCGACAGGCAGGCCCUGAAAAAGCAGUUUCAAGGCCUAAGUAACAUCAAGUGGGGCCCCAGAUGAUCCGCCGAGCACAGAGAGGGUGUGAACACGCCUCUGGAGAUCUCUGUGUUCUGUUAGUAAUGCCUUACCCACUGACAUUUGCUGUGAUUGCUGUACUCCUCAGCCCUCUUUGCUGUGAUUGCUGUACUCCUCAGCCCUCUUUGCUGUGAUUGCUGUACUCCUCAGCCCUCUUUGCUGUGAUUGCUGUACUCCUCAGCCCUCUUUGCUGUGAUUGCUGUACUCCUCAGCCCUCUUUGCUGUGAUUGCUGUACUCCUCAGCCCUCUUUGCUGUGAUUGCUGUACUCCUCAGCCCUCUUUGCUGUGAUUGCUGUACUCCUCAGCCCUCUUUGCUGUGAUUGCUGUACUCCUCAGCCCUCUUUGCUGUGAUUGCUGUACUCCUCAGCCCUCUUUGCUGUGAUUGCUGUACUCCUCAGCCCUCUUUGCUGUGAUUGCUGUACUCCUCAGCCCUCUUAUGUUUGGAAUCUGCAAUCUUUUUUGUUCUUCCUGUUUUUGACCCACAUAUUUUUGCACUGUACACACUGUAAGUUAUAUUAGCGAGUAAAUAAAACAGUCAUUAACUGGG